AUGAUGGCACGCACGAAAUGGCUCGCUCCGGUCGUGGCAGCGAUGGACCUCAUCGCCUCUGCUCAAGCCGCUCAUGUUCAUUACACUUUAGAUCUCACCUGGAAAAAGGGAUCUCCCAAUGGACAUGAACGGGAAAUGAUUUUCGUCAAUGAUCAGUUUCCUGGGCCGUCACUGAUCAUGGAUGAAGGGGAUGAAGUAUCUAUCGAAAUCAAAAACCACCUACCUUUCAACACAUCUGUUCAUUUCCAUGGCAUUGAGCAGAAGAACACACCAUGGGCUGAUGGCGUAUCCGGUCUCUCUCAAUGGGCCGUGCUCCCUGGCGCAAGCUAUACUUACAAUUGGAACGCCACUCAAUAUGGAACAUACUGGUAUCAUUCGCACGACAAGUCAAGGAUUAUGGAUGGCUUGUAUGGCGCAAUAUAUAUCCGGCCUUCCCCCAAUAGCGAUUCGCCAUUUUCAAUGAUUUCAAAUGACCCGGAAGAUAUUCAGGCCAUGGAAAAUGCGAGGGAUCAUCCGCAGCUAGUGGUCCUUUCGGAUUGGGACCAUCUGACCUCAGAUGCCUAUAUGCAGGCCGAAAAGGAGUCUGGCUAUGAUAUUUUUUGCUCUGACAGCGUUCUUAUCAACGGCCAAGGUUCGGUCAUCUGCAAAGACCCAGAAGAGUUGACCAAUUUGCAACCGCCACAGAUCAGAGCAGUCGUCAACGGCACGCUCACCGACAAAGGAUGCGAUCCAAAUCUCCUUGUUCUGCAAGGCGAUUGGGAGCACCAUCCCGAGGCCCUGCCCGGCGGCCUCAACUCUGGGUGUGUCCCCAGCGAAGCCCCACCGUCCGUUUUUGAAGUCGACUCAAACGCAAAGUGGGCCAGUUUCAACUUCAUCAGUGCUGCUGCCCUGAAAGCCUUUUGGGUAUCGAUCGAUGAGCACCCGAUGUACGUAUACGAAGUGGACGGCCGAUAUAUCGAGCCGCAACUGGCUCACACCAUGCCACUUUAUAAUGGACAACGAUACUCCGUCAUGGUCAAGCUUGAUCAAGAUCCCGCGAACUACCAGAUGCGCGUAGCUGGCAACGGAAAUCAAGUAAUUUCCGGCUUUGCAACGAUCUCCUACAAAGGGGGUGAGGACAGCCAGCACGAAUCAGUGCCGUACAUCAACUAUGGCGGCAUCAACACUACAGAUUCAGUGAUAGUGCUCAACGACACAAACCUUCCUCCAUACCCGGAGAUUCAGCCCGCUACCUAUGCCGAUGAUUUCCAUCUUCUGAGUCUUGGACGGAUCAAUUCGUCUUGGGAAUGGACCUUGGAUGGAUCCACUUUCCUUCCCGCGAAUCUUGGUUCAAUGGAGCCAGCUCUUAUCAAUCCCAAGUCCUCAGAUCUUGAUUCUUCACUCAAGAUUGAGACGAAGAAUAAUACAUGGGUCGAUAUCGUAUUUCAACUAGUUAUUCCACCGCCGACUCUACUCCAACCUCCUCACCCGAUUCAUAAGCAUUCGAAUAAAGCAUUCCUGAUUGGAUCGAGCCAAGGGAAUUUCACCUGGAACUCUAUCGAAGAUGCUGUCCGUGAUUCACCGGGGAGCUUCUUCGAUACUCCGGUAUACAGGGAUACAUUUACUACUUCCCCGGCUGGUGCAGCGUGGAUUGCGAUUCGUUAUCAUGUCGAAAAUCCAGGUGCUUUCUUGCUGCAUUGCCACAUGGAAACACAUCUGGCUUCGGGAAUGGGCGUGGUAUUGCUAGAUGGAAUGGAUGUUUGGCCAGAUGUUCAAUCGCCAAGACGCUCACAUUUGGGACAAUAA